GCAGCCCGGGGAAAGCCGGGAAGAUGGCGGCCUCCUGGAAGCUGGGCUGUGACCCUCCGCUGCUCCGCUACCUCUUGGGCCUCGGCGGCCGGCGAAACCUGGGAGUAUCCAGAGGCGCUGCCAGGUGGUCUGUCGGCCGUGGAACUAGCUGGAGAGGGUUUCACAGCACUCACUGGCUGCGGGUUGAUCCUAUUAAGGUCCUAAUGCCAUCACUGUCACCUACAAUGGAAGAAGGAAACAUUGUCAAAUGGCUGAAAAAGGAAGGUGAAGCUGUGAGUGCUGGAGAUGCAUUAUGUGAAAUUGAGACUGACAAAGCUGUGGUCACCUUAGAUGCAAGUGAUGAUGGCAUCUUGGCUAAAAUAGUGGUUGAAGAAGGAGCUAAAAACAUAAAACUGGGUUCCCUGAUUGGUUUGAUGGUUGAAGAAGGACAAGAUUGGAAACAUGUUGAAAUUCCUAAAGAUGUAGGUCCUCCACCACCAGUUUCAAAACCAUCAGUGCCUGGCCCUUCACCAGAACCACAGAUUUCUCUCCCUGUUAAGAAGGAACAUACAGCAGGGACACCACAGUUCCGUUUAAGUCCAGCUGCCCGAAAUAUUCUGGAAAAACAUGCACUAAAUGCCAGCCAGGGUACAGCUACUGGCCCUCGGGGGAUAUUCACUAAAGAAGAUGCUCUCAACCUGGUCCAGUUGAAACAGAUGGGCAAGAUUACUGAAUCCAGACCAGCCCCAGCUCCGCCGACCACUCCCAUAGCACCUUUGCCCCCGCAAGCCACAGCUGGACCAUCUUAUCCCCGGCCAAUGAUCCCAGCAAUAUCAAUUCCUGGACAACCUAAUGCUGUGGGCACAUUCACUGAAAUUCCUGCUAGCAAUAUACGAAGAGUUAUUGCCAAGAGGUUAACUGAAUCUAAAAGUACUGUACCUCAUGCAUAUGCUACUGCCAAUUGUGACCUUGGAGCAGUUUUAAAAGUUAGACAAGAUCUGGUCAAAGAUGACAUUAAAGUGUCAGUAAAUGAUUUUAUCAUCAAGGCAGCAGCCAUUACUCUUAAACAAAUGCCAGGAGUGAAUGUAAGCUGGGAUGGAGAGGGCCCGAAGCAACUGCCCUCUAUUGACAUUUCAGUGGCCGUGGCAACAGAUAAAGGUUUAAUUACACCAAUCAUAAAAAAUGCUGCUGCUAAAGGUAUACAGGAAAUUGCUGACUCUGUAAAGGCAUUAUCAAAGAAAGCAAGAGAUGGAAAAUUGUUACCUGAAGAAUACCAAGGAGGAUCUUUUAGUAUUUCCAACCUGGGGAUGUUCGGCAUCGAUGAAUUCACUGCAGUGAUCAACCCUCCACAGGCCUGCAUUCUGGCUGUUGGGAGAUUCCGACCUGUACUCAAGCUCACUGAGGAUGAAGAGGGGAAUGCCAGACUGCAGCAGCACCAGCUCAUAACGGUCACAAUGUCAAGUGACAGUCGAGUGGUCGAUGACGAACUGGCUACCAAGUUCCUUGAAAGUUUUAAAGCAAACCUAGAGAAUCCUAUCCGACUUGCCUAGUCCUCUAAGUCAAGAGGCUAAUUGAGUAGCUGUUACCAAGUAAACAAUUAAUUAUUUAAGUAUGAAGGAAAGGAAACAUUUAUUUAUUUAAGGGGAAAGCAUUUGACUCAAGUUGUCUUCAUUUUCAAUUUGGGUUUAUUAUUAUAGAAAUAAGUGAAGAUAAACUGUAACAAAUAAAGGAAAGAGAAUAUUUGCUUAGCCAGAUCCAUUUUUAACCUCUGGUGCUGUACGGAAGGGAUAUUAAACUAGGUAAAAAAUCAGAUUUUACGUUUGGCGCAUUUGAACAUUUUGGGAUAUUUUAGAAUGUAUAGUAUGUUGUAAAUUCAAAUAUAACGGUCUACCUUAACUGUGUUGAAGUUAGAAGUAGUCUUCAAAGAGAUUUCAAAGAGAAUUAGCAGUGGGACCUCUUUUUUACAAACACUGCUGUAGAUAUACUUGAACAAUUUAAUAUGUACAGAAGUUUAUUCUGGAUAGUAGUAAAUAAAUGAGGAUCACACUGUAUCAGGGGUUGUGGCAACAUUAAAUUUUUUAUGUAUAUAAAGCCAUAUAUGUUUUAGCCAUAUAUGUUUCUAUCCGUUUUAUUUUCACUUCUGUAACACUGUGAACUUUUGAGAAGAUAAAAGAAAAAUGAAAAAAGAGAAACUAAAAAAGUUGUUUGGUUCAAUGAAAAACUUUUCUUCAUUUAAACCUUCAUAAGUAAGUGCUCACCUUCAUCCUGAGUUGAGAUAUAUUUGAAUAAAUUGUUAUCUCCUACCAAACACUUUAAGUUAGUGUUGAUUUAAACAUAAAUGUUGUUUCUUAGUGCA